CCAACUUGAGAUGAUUUAGUUUUAUAAAAUGUACUCCCCCAUCCCUGGCCAGAUGCUCUCUCUCUCUCUCUCUCUCUCUCUCUCUCUCUGGUGUAAGAACAACAACUGAGAGAAGGUCUCUGUGGCGAUCCAGAAGAGAAGAAGGCAGGGUAUCCAACAGGUGUAAGGAUCCAAUGAAGUGUAUGAAAGGUGAUUGUUUGUGUUGGUGAAAGGAUCUUGGAUGGAAAAUCAAAGCGCUGGUGAAACUGGUCUUUCGGACUCUGGACCUUCAAGUCGACCUAUGACACAUGGAGUUAAUGGAAUCACACCUUCUGCCACAAAUUUCUUUGACCAAGAAGGAGCUGCUUACUUUGGGGGGUUGGAAGAGGCUCUCAUGCAUGGAGUUGCUGGAAUUAGGAGCGACGAAGAAAGGAAGUCUCUUUUCGCAAGCAGACCCCCAACACUUGAGAUCUUCCCAUCAUGGCCAAUGAGAUUUCAACAAAUUCCCAAGCCAGAGGAGAGCGCCGAUUCAGGAUCUGUACAGAACACAAUUUCCCAGCUGGACUCAGAGUCCCCGGUGAGCAGAAAGGCUUCAUCAGAACAGUCAGAAGAGCAGCAGCAAGGAACAAUGGCAGGUGAUGGGGCACCAAACCAACAGCUCAGAACUCAAGAAAAGACGUUAAGACGCUUGGCUCAGAAUAGAGAAGCUGCAAGAAAAAGCCGGCUAAGAAAGAAGGCUUACAUACAACAAUUAGAGUCCAGCAGAAUCAAACUUACUCAGCUGGAGCAAGAUCUCCAGAGAGCUCGAGCACAGGGUCUCUUCUUGGGAGGAGGCAGUGCAGGUGAUACCAUCAGCUCUGUUUUUGACAUGGAAUACUCCCGAUGGUUGGAAGAGAACUAUAAGAAGAUGAUGGAGCUUCGAGGAGGUCUACAAGCGCAUCGUCAAGAUGGAGAUCUCAGGGUCACAGUAGACGAAUGCCUCGCCCUCUACGACGAGCUCUUCCAGCUCAAAGCCACAGCAGCCAGAUCAGACGUCUUCCACGUUCUCACAGGCUUGUGGACAACACCUGCCGAGCGGUGUUUCCUAUGGAUGGGCGGAUUCAGGCCCUCCGAGCUGCUAAAGAUCGUACUGCCUCAACUGGAUCCCUUGACGGAGCAGCAAGUAGCAGGGAUAUGUAGCCUCCAGCAAUCUUGCCAACAGGCGGAGGAGGCGCUCUCGCAGGGCCUCGAGCAAUUCCUCCGGUCGCUAGCUGAUACUGUGACCGGUGACUCCCUCGUUGAGAGCUCCAGUACUGGGAAUUACAUGAGUCAAAUGGCCAUUGCAUUGGGGAAGCUUGCCAAUCUCGAGGGAUUCCUCCGACAGGCCGACAAUUUAAGACAGCAGACUCUUCACCAGAUGCAUCGAAUUCUAACAAUAAGACAAGCAGCAAGGUGUUUCCUAGCCAUUGGCGAGUAUCACAGCCGCCUCCGUGCUCUCAGCUCUCUUUGGGCUUCUCGACCUAGAGAGAACUCGAUCAACGAGAGCGCCAUGCCGCUAACCGCGGACCUACAAAUAGUUCACCAGCCACUGCAAAGUCAUUUUCCGGCCUUCUGAAUGAACAUGUUGACUUCAUGUUAACAGAUGGCGAAAGGUUUUGGCGUCAUGCCAAUCAAAAAGUCAAUAUCUUUUUUACGGAGGAGGAAGGAAGGAAGCACGAAAGGAAAAGUGAUGAGUAAUGGGGAUGGCUGAUCCUUUUCGUCACAAUGUAUCAUUAGGUCGGAAUACCCUUCUUCUUUGGCAGCUGUGGAUUGUUUUAGUAUCAUUUAGCAUGAAGAAGAGGAAGAUUAGGACUUGUCUUUUGUGGAGUAGCUUCAAAGAUCAACCACCUCCUCUAUGUAAAGAGAGUUAUUAUUUAUUGUGAAUGCGGGGGGCUCUUCCACGCUGCUAUUUAAGUCC